CUCAGAGUCCCAGAGCGUUGUCCCCUGGCACGGCUUGAUCGAUCUUUUGUCCUUCCCGAGGGGACCCUCGCGAUACGCCCUGGGUCCCUGGCUCGCAGGCACACGCGAUCUCUCGACUCUUGGUCUCUGCCAAGUUUCCACGUUUGAUGGCGAAUGGGUCACCGAAUCCUUGGGCCUGCUCAAACUAAUCUGGGCCCAACCCAAUGUACGCAGGUUGGGCCUUGUACGGCCUCAGCUGGCUGGGAUGUGGCCCACGAAGCGCCCAAACGCUGCUGUUUUGCUGCGAAAUGGUUGGCGGAUACUUGGUGGUUGGAGGUCGCUGGAUGUUACCGUUAUGUAUUACAUAUAUAUAUACCCAUUUAUUUAUCUACAGGGACGCUUUGCACUGUAUCGGCACUGCAUAUGGCAUCGUUUCUGACUUGGAUUAUGUGUUUUUAAUUUUGCUUCCUAUUCGCCAUCCCCUGUCGUGGAUUGAGAAUCCUGCAUCCUGCAUCCUCUGUUUGGGGUCCUGUACUGCGACCCCAACAUUUUCGAGGGCAAAUGUCACGACACUGGGUAUAUAACACAUGAUACUCGCUCACGGAUGAACCGUGGUGAAACGGGCCGGCAAAUCGCCCUACUCGGGACAAAUCCACGCCAUGUCGCGGACAGAAAGCCCCUGACUUGUUCUUCUUGCCCUCUCUGACACACCCGCCAGUUUGGCACAUGUCCAU